AUGAAAAUGGAAGCUGUGUCAAAGGAAUCAGAGUCGGAUUGGGGCGACUUGACUCGCGAGUUACUCAUCAACAUCCUUUCUCGACUCAGCGUCGAGGAUCGAUGGCGCGGCACCAAGGUGGUAUGCAAGUCAUGGUUCAGCGCCUUCAAGGAACCGUCUCUUCACUCCGUCUUCGAUCUCGAUCCCCUAUUCGACUCGCCCCUCGAGUCAACUCGCUGGUGGACCCCCGGGUUCGAGGCCAAGAUCGAUUCCAUGCUUCUAUCUGUCGUCGAAUGGACCCAAUCCUCUCUCACCCAAAUACGAAUUCGCCACUGUUCCGAUCGCUCUCUCGCCCUCGUCUCCCAAAGAUGCCCGAAUAUUGAGGUGUUGUCUAUCAGAAGUUGCCCUCGUGUUACUGAUGAUUCCAUUUCUAGGAUAGCUUUGAGUUGUAAGAAGCUUAGAGAAUUGGAUAUCAGCUAUUGUUAUGAGAUAACCCAUGAGUCAAUGAUGCUGAUUGGAAAAAACUGUCCAGAUCUUAAGGUUCUCAAAAGAAAUUUUAUGAAUUGGCUUGAUCCUUCCCAACACCAAGGAAUUGUUCCUAAUGAGUAUCUAAAUGCUUGUCCACAAGAUGGAGAUGAUGAGGCUGUUGCAAUUGCUAAUUCCAUGCAUGGUCUUGAGCAUCUUGAGAUCAGGUUCUCCAAGUUAUCAGCCAAGGGUCUCAAUUCCAUAUCUCAGGGAUGUCCUAACCUUGAGUUCUUGGAUUUGUCUGGGUGUGCUAACUUAACUAGUCGAGACAUUGUAAAUGCUUCUUCUAGUUUUGUGCACUUGAAAGAAAUUAAGAAGCCAAAUUUCUAUAUCCCUAGGUCUGUCUUCCACACUGAAAGGUAUGGACAUUGGAGUUUAUAUGAUGAGAGGUUUCAAACAGAUAUUUUCCGAAUAUGA